ACAUUUUAUAAAUAACACGGAGGUAUAACAUAGCAAUUUACAUAGUAAAAAUACAUAGGAGCAACGGAGUCAUUAACGAGCGCAGCAUCCACUUUAUCUGAAGAGGCGUGUCUAAACAGUAUUGCAUAAAAGGUACUACAUUAGUAUAUAUUCGCAUAUCAUUACUGUUAAACCGUCUUUCCUAAAAGUUAAUCGAAGACUGGCGGGAGAUACUGUCGUUUGCUUCGCUGCCAAUGGCAGCUGAUUUUCGCUGACAGUCGCUCGACAACUCAGUACGGAGGUCGACACGCUGUUUUAAUCAUCUCGUACUCACACGCGCUCGGGAUGUGUACAGUGAUGUGAUAUCGUGCAAAGUCUCAUUUAUAAAAGAAAGAUAUUUUAGAUUAUUAUUUCACAGAAUUUCAUGCCUGACGGAUGCAGAAUCUUCAUAAAUGUCACUCAAAAGAAACUUAUAAAAUUAAAAAAUGAUGAAAAUUGAAAUUAAUGAACAUUUUAUUAGACAUGAUUAAUAAAACGUAGAUUUAUAGUUGACGAGGAAGUUUUAUUGGAAAUAGCGUUUGUGUUCGCGACUAAUUAUGAUAAAAAGGUGUUGCUCGUGCUCAUGUCUCUCCGGGUUUAGAGCCGUGUUCAGGCCCCAACAAAUCGGGCCACGACCACUAUCUACUGCCCUCGGGGAGGAUUUCGGCGUUCCAGUAUUAACAAUCCACAAUGUAGACCCUUGCAUCGAAGAAAACGGCGAAAAUCAUCGUACAUCCAGAUAUGAGCUGAUGACUCGUCAGGAUGACAGAACAAGACUCGUCGUUAGACGUGGUCAAGAAUUUUAUUUGCAUCUCAGUCUAUCUCGGGAUUAUAGUUCUUCUAUCGACGGGGUUUCUAUCGUGUUCACCCUGGACGGCGUCGAGAGACCGCAAUAUGGACACGGGACAUUGGUGGCAACCGCUUUGCUUCACCCCGGAGAGAUUUCGGAAGCCGCCUGGCAGACCACUAUAGAUGCCAGAGGACCAAAUUUCUUGAGAAUAAAGGUUGUGACAUCGGCAAACGCAAUUAUAGGUAGGUGGAAAAUGGAUAUCGAUACCAAGAACAAGGAAUCUGAAGGUGCUGUCAGUUACACGAUGGAUCAGCCAUUUUAUUUAAUCUGUAAUCCGUGGUGCAGAGACGACGUAGUAUACUUGGAUGGCGAGGCUGAACGUCAAGAGUACGUGUUGGCAGAGGAUGGUUUAAUCUGGCGCGGCAGUCACAAUCGUUUACGACCCACCGUGUGGAAGUACGCACAAUUCGAACGGGACAUCUUAGAUUGCGCCUUGCACCUGAUGAACUAUGUCGGCAAGGUCCGCGUUUCUGGCAGGAAUGACCCGGUCAUCAUAACACGCUGUUUAUCUGCUGCGGUAAACUCUCCUGAUGACAACGGGGCGGUGCUGGGAAAUUGGUCGGACGAUUACGGGGGCGGUAUACCACCUACGAGAUGGAUGGGUUCGCAGAAAAUACUUCAACAGUAUUACAAGACGAAGAAACCGGUCAAGUACGGACAGUGCUGGGUUUUCUCCGGUGUGUUGGCGACGAUUUGUCGUACUCUCGGUAUACCCUGUCGAGUGGUAACCAAUUAUUCAAGUGCGCAUGAUACUCAGGGCAGCUUGACUGUGGACUACUUCGUAAAUGCGGAAGGCAAGAUCAUGGAGGAGCUCAACAGCGAUUCCAUAUGGAAUUUCCACGUCUGGAACGAAGUAUGGAUGAAGCGACUGGAUUUGUCGCCGGAUUGUUCAGGAUGGCAGAUGAUCGAUGCUACUCCUCAAGAACUGAGUGAGGGAGCGUAUCGUUGCGGACCGGCGUCGGUGGCCGCCGUGAAGAAAGGGGAAGUUUUACGUCCUUACGACAACGCGUUCCUGUUCGCCGAGGUGAACGCCGAUAAAGUCUACUGGCGUUACAACGGGCCUACACAGCCAUUGAAAUUAGUUCGCAAGGAUAUGUACGGCAUCGGUCAAUUGAUCAGUACGAAAGCGGUUGGCAGAUGGAUAAGAGAAGACAUUACGCACACUUACAAGUAUCCAGAAAAAUCUGAUGAAGAACGUGCUGCCAUGCUGAAGGCGCUGCGCCAGAGUGAAUCUUUAUUUAGUCGUUAUUAUCUCAAUGAGGAGUUCAACGAUGUCAUGUUUACUUUCGAACUGCGCGAUGAUAUCAUAAUUGGGCAGCCAUUCAGCGUUGUAUUACUGAUAAAAAAUCGACAUUCGACAAUGGAGUACCGUGUGACCGUAAUUCUGAGAGUGGAAACUGUGUUGUACACCGGCCGAGUAGGCGAUCCGGUGAAGAGAUUGCACAUCGACAGGCUGGUGCGACCAGGAGUGCUCGAGGAAAUUCGCAUGGACGUUUCCUGGGAGGAAUAUAGCCCGAGAUUGUUAGAUCAAUGCGCUUUCAAUAUUUCCUGCUUAGCCACCGUGAAGGAUACGAACUUCGAGUACUUCGCGCAGGAUGACUUCCGUGUUAGGAAACCCGACAUUAAAAUCACGUUGCAUAACGACGCGGUUGUCGGUCAGACUCUCCAUGCUUCGGCCAAGUUCCGCAAUCCAUUGCCAAUUCCUUUGAGAAAGGGUACGUUCCUUAUCGAGGGGCCUGGUCUGAACGAACAAUUGAAGCUGAAGUUAUUGGAACCUGUCGAGGUGGAUGCAGACGCGGAAUGUAGCUUCUCCAUGAUGCCGAAGUUAGAAGGACAAGCCAGGAUAGCGGCGAAGUUUUAUUCGAGGGAAUUAGAGGAUGUCGAUGGACAUUCAAAUAAUUUUAUAGUCAAAUCGGCAAAGACAAUCAAUUCUGAGUGAUCGCGAUAUUUUCUAUGAUAUUUUAGCAAACAAUGUCGCGUGUCAUGUUCUUCAUAUUUUUAUAAUCGAUUUAUAUUGUUACGUCCAAGCCUCAGGAAUCUUCAUUUUACAAAAAUUAAAAGGAUUAAAAAGAAGGCAUAGAUGGACGUUUCAGAAACCAUACCAAUGCUCUAUCGCGCAUACCAUGACUUUAAUUCAUUUUGAUUGGAUUUCAGAACACUUGCCUAUAACCAUUUAAAACAGCGCGUUCGUCGAUCCUUAUUUGAGUCACGGAAUUUAAUCUCUAUGAUCUGGGAUUGACCCUCGUAUGAUCGUUCGGAAAAGAGGAAAUGAAAGACGAGAUUAAUAAAUUAAAUUAAAUUAUUCAAAUAAAAUUAAAUAACUAAAGGUUUAUUCUGAAAACCAUUAGUCUAUCGACAACUCGUAAUUUUCCAUGUGACAUUUUAAACUUUUGUUCAAAGAAGAUUGAAAUCGCCAUUCAAUUCGCUUGUUAUUUUUAUUGUCACGAGUUGUCUGCGUCGAUUCUGUAGUUCAUUUUGAUGAUGUUAAUAUUUCCAUAUGAAAGAAAAGAAUUAUAAAGUCUUCAGACAUAUACCUUUACAGAUUUGUAUUUAUUUUUAUUAAUAGUUACAAUACCAUAACCAAAAUUUAUUUACUACUAUCGCUGUCCAGAGAUUGACCUAUCUUUAGCUUACAAUCGUAGAAUCAUGAUAAAAAAUUAGUAAUACAUAGAUCCAGGGAGAGGUGGGAGGCUUCAAAAGAGGUGUUAUCCCUUAUAAUUGGCCAGAAAAGAGUAAAUAUAAUACAAUAAUAAUUUUUCGAUGCGAUAGGAAUAGUAUAAUUCUUGUAAAAUUGUAAUUCACUAAUUAUGCAAUUGUUCGAUGCCAAAAAUUAAAA